AUGGCACCGACUCGGAUCAUAGACAGCCACGUUCAUCUUUGGCCAGAGAGCAUGUCAAACGAAGACGGACAUGCUUGGAUGAAACCUGGCAUGCCCCUGGCGAGGCAACACAUACUCUCGGACUACUACGAAGCCUCUGAGCAGAAUGGGGAACAUGACACAAACGUCAUUGUGGAAGGCAUAGUCUACGUCGAAACAGACGUCAAGUACGAGAAGCCCUCCGGUGACCUGUCCGCCUGGGCGAAAGGACCGCUAGACGAGAUCAUCUUUCUUCGAGCGAUCGUUGAGGGCAAUUAUGGGGAGCGAGACAGCAGAAUGCUGCUUGGUAUCGUCGCAUGGGCGCCUAUGGAUCAACCACCUGCUGUUCUAGAGGAAUGGCUAGUCCUUGCAGAGCAGACAGCUGGACCGCAAACAUGGGCAAGAGUCAAAGGCUUUCGGUUCCUGCUACAAGCCAUCACUGACCAGGUCGAAUUCGAGAAGCUGGUGCUCGGCGCGGACUUUGUGGAGAACUUGAAGACUCUUGGUCGGAGAGGGUUUUCGUUCGAUGUCGGAGUUGAUCAGAACUCGGGAGGUGUCUGGCAGCUCGAAGCAAUCUCGAGGGCCAUGAAACGGGCACACGAAGAUGUUCCUGAACAUGAAAAUGUCGCAUUCAUCUUGAAUCACUUCUGUAAACCGGACUUUGCGAGUACUGGAGAAGCUUUUGAUCUAUGGCGCGCGGCGACCGAGUCGAUGUCAACAUCCUCCAAGACUUACAUGAAGCUAUCAGGGGCAUUCAGCGAGCUGCCUGCUGGCUUGCAGAAUGUGGCUGAUGUCGCCUCGACAAUGAAACCGUGGUACAACCAUAUCUUCGAGCUCUUCGGCCCACGCAGAAUUUUGUUCGGAAGUGACUGGCCGGUGUGCAAUCUCAGUGGACCACGCAAGGGAGCAUCGUGGGUGGCGUGGAGAGAAGUGGUAGAUGUCUUUCUCAACGAUCCCACGCUAGGCAUCUCAGACCAUGACCGAGGAUCGGUUUGGCGAGAUACUGCUUUGCAAGCUUAUCGACUCGCACAAAAUUGA